UGAGCCUCGUCGGCGCCGCGCUGGUCGCGCUGCCCGGGCGGCUGCGGGCGAGUCGUUGCGAGCGGCUGCCGCGGCUCUGAAGGGUCCGCGGCCAAGGGGGGAAAAGGAGGCUCCGGACCUGCGUUCGCUUCUGCGGGGAGGAUUCCCCCUCGCUUGCCGGGAAAGAUGUCGGAUACCAAGGUGAAAGUGGCCGUCAGAGUCCGGCCCAUGAACAGGCGAGAGUUGGAGUUGAAUACCAAGUGUGUUGUGGAAAUGGAAGGGAAUCAGACUGUCUUGCAUCCUCCGCCUUCAAACAACAAGCAAGGAGAAAGCAGAAAAUUACCAAAGGUAUUUGCCUUUGAUUACUGUUUCUGGUCUAUGGAUGAAUCAAACACUGCCAAAUAUGCAGAUCAACAAGUUGUGUUUAAGUGCCUUGGAGAAGGAAUUCUUGAGAAAGCCUUUCAGGGAUAUAAUGCUUGCAUUUUUGCAUAUGGACAAACAGGCUCAGGAAAAUCCUUCUCAAUGAUGGGAAAUGCGGAGCAGUUGGGUCUGAUCCCGCGCCUCUGCUGUGCUUUAUUUCAGAGAAUCACUUUAGAACAAAAUGAUUCACACACUUUUAAAGUGGAGGUGUCCUAUAUGGAAAUCUAUAAUGAAAAGGUCAGAGAUCUACUUGACCCUAAAGGGAGUCGGCAAUCCCUCAAAGUUCGUGAGCAUAAAGUUUUGGGUCCAUAUGUAGAUGGUUUGUCUCAACUAGCUGUUACUUGCUUUGAAGAUAUAGAGUCACUAAUGUCAGAGGGAAAUAAGUCCCGGACGGUUGCAGCAACCAACAUGAAUGAAGAAAGCAGCCGUUCUCAUGCUGUAUUUAAUAUUAUCAUUACUCAAACACUUUAUGAUCUGCAGUCUGGUAACUCUGGAGAGAAAGUAAGCAAAGUUAGCCUGGUUGAUCUGGCUGGUAGUGAGAGAGUAUCUAAAACAGGAGCUGCGGGAGAACGUUUAAAGGAAGGCAGCAACAUAAAUAAGUCCCUUUCAACACUAGGUUUGGUUAUUUCAUCACUUGCAGACCAAGCAGCAGGAAAGGGGAAAAAUAAAUUUGUGCCUUACCGAGAUUCUGUACUCACUUGGCUUCUCAAGGACAACUUGGGAGGAAAUAGCCAAACAGCCAUGAUAGCUACAAUCAGUCCAGCAGCUGAUAAUUAUGAAGAAACAUUAUCUACAUUGAGAUAUGCAGAUAGAGCUAAAAGGAUAGUAAAUCAUGCUAUAGUGAAUGAGGAUCCCAAUGCUAGGGUUAUCCGAGAACUACGGGAAGAAGUAGAGAAGCUGAAAGAGCAACUUUCUCAGGCAGAGUCUAUGAAAGCACCAGAAUUAAAGGAAAAAUUGGAGGAAUCUGAAAAACUAAUAAAAGAACUCACCAUUACCUGGGAAGAGAAAUUAAGAAAAACUGAAGAAAUUGCGCAGGAAAGACAAAAGCAAUUAGAGAGCAUGGGCAUUUCUCUUGAAUCUUCGGGCAUCAAGAUGGGAGAAGAUAAGUGUUAUCUGGUGAAUUUAAAUGCAGAUCCUGCACUCAAUGAAUUGUUGCUUUAUUAUUUAAAGGACCACACUAGGGUUGGUGCGGAUACCUCCCAGGACAUACAGCUAUUUGGGAUAGGAAUUCAACCAGAACAUUGUGAGAUAGACAUUGCACUAGAUGGAGAAGUUUCUCUCUCACCAAAAGAAAAUGCAAGAUCAUGCGUAAAUGGUACACUGGUAUGUUCUGUGACUCAGCUGUGGCACGGAGAUAGAAUCUUAUGGGGAAACAACCACUUUUUUAGAAUUAAUCUUCCUAAGAGAAAGCGUCGAGAUUGUUUUAAAGACUCUGAAAAAGAAAAAGAACAUGAAGCAGAACAGGAUUUAGAUGCAGCCAGUGAAGCUUCUUCAGAACCAGACUAUAACUAUGAAUUUGCACAAAUGGAAGUUAUAAUGAAAAUGCUAAACAGCAAUGAUCCAUUGCAAAAUGUGGUCCAGGUGUUGGAGAAACAAUAUUUGGAAGAAAAACGUAGUGCUUUGGAAGAGCAGCGGAUAAUGUAUGAGCGGGAGCUGGAACAGCUCAGGCAACAGCUUUCUCCAGAAAGGCAUUAUCAGCAGUGUGGUGGCAGCCUUUCAGAUGCUGCCCAGACUGCUCAGCAGAAAAUAAACUUCUGGUCAGAAGAGAGAGAUGAAUUAUUUCGACAAAGCUUAGCAAAACUGAGAGAACAAAUAGUUAAAGCCAAUGCAUUAGUAAGGGAAGCGAAUUUUUUAGCUGAAGAAAUGAGCAAGCUAACAGAUUAUCAAGUCACACUUCAGAUCCCUGCUGCUAACUUGAAUGCCAACAGAAAGAGAGGAGCAAUUGUCAGUGAACCAGCUAUUCAGGUAAAAAGAAAAGGAAAAAGCACUCAGGUGUGGACCAUUGAAAAGCUAGAAAACAAAUUAAUCGAUAUGAGAGAGUUAUAUCAAGAAUGGAAAGAGAGCUCUCAGGAGAUGAAGAGACUCACGGGAAAAAGAGGUGACCCUUUUUAUGAAGCCCAAGAAAAUCACAAUUUAAUUGGCGUAGCAAAUGUCUUUUUGGAGUGCCUUUUCUGUGAUGUUAAGCUUCAGUAUGCGGUACCAAUAAUUAGCCAACAAGGAGAGGUGGUAGGCCGUCUGCAUGUUGAAGUGAUGCGUGUCACUGGUGCUGUACCAGAACGUGUUAUGGAAGGAGACGAUUCUUCUGAAAACUCCAGUGAAAGUGGAAGCUUAGAAAUCAUGGAUAAUAAUGGAGAAAUUAUUCACAGACCAAAAAAAUUCACAUGCAGAGUAAAAAUCAAAGAAGCAACAGGACUACCACUGAAUCUUUCAAACUUUGUCUUUUGCCAAUAUACCUUCUGGGAUCAGUGUGAACCAACCGUUGCAGCACCAGUUGUAGAUCCAGAUGUGCCUUCACCUCUGGGCAAAGAUGUCCAAUUUACAGUGACUUUCUCUCAUUGUAGGGAUUAUGUGGUGAACGUAACAGAGGAAUUUCUGGAGUUCAUUGCAGAUGGAGCCCUUGCGGUUGAGGUCUGGGGUCACAGAUGUGCUGGAAAUGGGACCUCCAUAUGGGAGGUCGAUUCUCUUCGUGCAAAAUCUAGGACAUUGAGAGACAGGUGGAAUGAAGUAACACGUCGAAUAGAAAUGUGGGUUUCAAUUCAAGAACUAAAUGAAAUUGGUGAUUAUGCAGCUGUGGAGCUUCACCAGGCAAAAGAUGUAAACACAGGAGGAAUUUUCCAACUUAGACAGGGUCAUUCUCGUAGAGUUCAGGUGGUAGUUACACCAGUGCAACACUCAGGAACGUUGCCACUUAUGGUUGAAGCUAUUCUGUCCAUUUCCAUUGGCUGUGUGACUGCCAGAUCAACCAAAUUGCAACGGGGCUUAGACAGUUACCAGAAAGGAGAUGAUGAUGAUGGUGAUAUGGAUAGUUAUCAGGUAUUGCUGCUGUUGCUAUUAAAUCACACGGCAUGGGGCACAGCUAAUGCUAAUUGUCAUGAAAGCAUUUUUAGAAUAUUAGCACAAACAGUACUAGCUUUUGAAGUACUCUGGAUUUCAGCCACUGCAGCCUGGGACUCUUCUGUACAUGAUUCAGUUCACCUAAACAGAGUAACACCUCAAAAUGAGAGAAUAUAUUUGAUUGUCAAGAUUACAGUCCAACUCAGCCAUCCUGCUACAAUGGAAUUAGUGUUACGUAAAAGGAUUGCUGCUAAUAUUUAUAAUAAGCAGAGUUUUACACAAAGUCUCAAACGAAGAAUAUCUCUAAAAAAUAUAUGGUAUGCUUGUGGUGUGACCUAUGAAAUAGUAUCCAACAUACCAAAGGCCACAGAAGAAAUUGAGGACCGAGAGACUCUAGCUCUGAUGGCAGCCAGACAUGAAAGUGAGGGUACCUCUGAUGGUGAAACAUACAUUGAAAAAUAUAUACGUGGGGUAUUACAAGUGGAGAAUAUUUUGAGUCUUGAACGUCUGAGACAGGCAGUCACCGUUAAAGAAGCUCUUUCUGCUAAAACUCGACACCUACAAAGGAGUAUUAGCACACCCAAUGUUCACAAUGUAUCUUCUAGUCGAUUAGAUCUUUCUGGCUGUGAUGAAGAUAAGGGUUGGCUGGAAGGUCAUCUAGAUGUCAUAGACUGUUCUAGUUAUCAAGAUAUAUCAUGUUAUGGUACUUUACCAAGGGAUUCACCUCAUAAAAAUAAAGAUAACAGUGAGAAUCUACACACAUCGAGUAUCAGUUCAUUUAAAGCUUUCUCUCCACAACCACCCAAAUUUUUCAAACCAUUAAUGCCAGUAAGAGAAGAGAAUAAAAAGGCCUCUCUUGAGACGCAACCUCUACUUAGCAAAGAGAGCAUGCCAUCAUCUCAGGUAUAUAAUGCUGAUUGUGUUGUGCUGUCAGGAAAUAAUGGCAAUAGCAUGCCAUUUGAACUCAAUAGCAUACAAGAGGCAAAGACUCAGGACUCUGAGGAAGAUGAUGAUUUGGAGAUUAAUAACAAGAAACCUUAUGUGCCCGUGGAAUUUGCUGACUUCAGUAUUUACAAUGCCAGUCUGGAAAAUAAGGAAUGGUUAUCCACUAAAGGAGAUUGUACAAAUUCUUGUGUUACUGCGAAAGAAGUAUCGCGGAGCCCCACCACAAGCAGUAUUACAAGUGGCUACUUUUCUCAUAGUGCCUCUAAUGCAACUUUAUCGGAUAUGCUUAUUCCAUGUAGUGAAAGCAUGGACCAAUUAGCCAAUCAGACAAGGGAUUUGGAUUCAAAUGACCACUCUGUAGCACACCUAACCCAUGUUUUAAAAUCAUCAAACCAAGCAGUUUCGGAGGCAGAAAGGGACUUUGCUAAAUGUAAAAAAAUGGUAUUGCCAAUCACAGGAACUUGUGCCUUAGCAACAGAAGUUCAAGUGUCUGAAAGCACAAAUGUAAAUGCUCCAGGGUUACAGGGUUCCUCUUUGGAUUCCUCUACUAACAAACAUGAGAUUGAAUUUCCAUCUCGAGAAGCAACAGUUGAGCACAUUUCAAAUGUUUUUGAGGAUCGUGCAUUUACAGAAUUCAUGGGUGUUGAUGACACAAAAGAAUUUGAAUGUUCCACAAGUAUAACUGCUAACAGAAAAAAAAAAUUCUUAGCAGCUGGAAUGAACUCUCUCAUACCUUUCUCAAAAAAUGUUCAUGACCAAGAUAGUGCUUUGAGCUGUCUGGAAUCCGGAUCAGUGAGAUACGACUUGUCAAGUAGUGUUGAAAAUCCUUUGUUGAACGCCAGAGAAAAAGAGUCUUCCAAUUGCCAACAGUGUGCAGAUUCUCUCCCAGUAGGUGAUUUUGUUGGAAAAAAUCAUUUAGAUGUCCCAAGUUCUGAAGAUACUAUUUCUGAAGAACAUUCUAAUUGGUUGGCAGUAGGAGAGCAAGUAUACGUUGAUGAUAAUAAGACUGGCACAGUAAGAUACAUUGGGCCUGUGGAUUUUUCAACUGGUACUUGGGUUGGCAUUGAAUUACACGUUCAAAUGGGAAAACAUGAUGGAACUGUAAAAGGCAGAGAAUACUUCCAUUGCAAACCACAACAUGGGAUAUUUGUUCGUCCUGAAUGCCUUGCUAAAUCACCAGCUCAAGUCAAGUUACGCAGUAGAACUUCACAAUCUCAGGUAUUGUCCAAUGUGGAGAAGUUGAAGAGUUCAACAUUUCAAGGAUCAUCCUCUCUCAAAGCAGAAGCCUUCUGUCAAUCAGGAGACGCAGCAGCUUCUGCUUUUUCUAGAAAACAGGAGAUUAGGAAAUCUUGGAUUAACUGAGGUUGGUUUUGGUUUUGCACUUGCUGCACAUAUCACUGGGGGUGGGGGAGGGAAACAGUUUUUUUCAAAAUUGUAGUUUUAAGAUGUAAUUGAAUGUUUGAAUCACAGAUACAAUUUUAUGGUUCGUUUUUUUUAAAAAAACUAUGUUGACUGUGUAUCAUUUGUCUACUCGUAAGGCAAACACGGUUGCACACUAGAAUACAAUCCUAUCAUAAGCUGGAUACGUACUCCAUUGAGCUCAAUUGGAUUCCUGAGAAUGGAUGUAUAUCAAUGCACUGUUUGUAGAUAAAACUGUUGAGUUUUACUGAAUGUUACUGAACAAAUUGGGUUACAUUUUAUACAGAAUAUUUUAUUGGGUGGAAAGGUCACGGGAUGUAAAUAUGCAUCUGAGGGAAAACCUACAAUAUGUUAAUUACCAAAGAAUUUGUAUUAGAUUAAUACACAUGCUGUUUAUAUCAUGGUUUAAUGGUAUGGAUACAUUUUAACUGACAGCUUGGUGCCAUAUUUCUAGAGGUUAAUACCUGGCAUCAUGCUACCGUAUAUCUUUUGUUUAAUAUGAACACUGAAGAUACUGUUUUCACUUUGAUUUCAUGUUUUGUCUUCCUAUGGGCCUGCCACUGUGUCAACUUGACAUUUAUUGGAAAUAUUUAAAAUGCCUAAAUAUUGUAUAUAUGGCAUUUUAGUGUGUAUACAUGCCAACCAGCCAUUCUAGAUGCAGGAACAGUAUUACUGCUUUUUAAAAUUGUGGGCACAAGAAAGUAAAUAGCAGUACAGCGUCAUAAGUACAAACAAAUGCACUGUUUGUUGCUGGCUGUGUGACAAGACUUAGGUAAAAUGUUCUAAGGUGAUUUAAUCUGUAAAUAUAUUUUUAUAUGAACUUGUAUUAUGCUUUGAGGGUUUUAGGGAAUUAUUCCAUGUAUAGAUACUAUGUUGGAUAUAUGUAAAGUAGCAAAUGGUUCAAGAAAAAGGAAAUAUGAAUGGCCUACUGUAGUUUUCACUUUUUAGAGAGUAAUUGAGAUAAUGGGACCUUAUGAACAAACUGCUGCUACUGCUGUUUGAUUUGUAUGUAUGGUAAGCUAACUCCUAGUAUUUUGCAAUUAUUGUAAAGAAUGUAAUUUAUAUUCUAUUUCUGCUAUACUGUAUUUAAUUGGUACAGAAUGUGUUAGAAUACAGAGUGUUUACUUCAGAUUUUUAUAAAUGUUUUUGCUUAUUUGAUUUUAUAUUCUGUAACACACCAUUUUAUUAACUAAACUGUUCAGUAAUUCAAAAUUUAGCAUAUUCUAUACUUAUGUCUGGAUACACUUUUUGAAGAUGACAAAGUAUUAAAGACAUAAAGUAUGUUCAA